UCAAAUUACAAGCGUAAGGGGGCACCAGAAUUAGUUAAUGCUUAGGGCAUCUAAGGGUCUUAUUCCGACCCUGGCAACAGAACUUCGCUCGAACGCAAUUACGAAAUCGGGCUACCGCCCCCGCAUAAUAUAUCUCGAGAAGCCCCCCGAUACAACACAAUUCACUUCCCCGAAUAAAAGACCAAUGUUUCCCUUUUUCAUGAUAUUUCAUCGAGGGUACCGGUUACCGAUGACCCCAUAUCAGUAAAGUCGAUCGAACAAAGUGAGAAAAAAAAAAAAAAGAAAAUAAUUUGACGUUCCAACGUGGAACGAUCGAGGGAGUAGUAUGUACCAGUCUAAGGACCAACGUCCCAUACGUAUGAAUGGGCAGAGCUGAACACGGACACUCAUGCGCGCGCUUCGAAAAUCAAAAUCAAUGUGGUCCUCCCCUCAAAACUCUACACAGGCCUUGCUCCGAUUGCCCACGCCCUUAGUGUGCCUCGUACUUCCGUCGCGAACGCAUCCCUCGUGCAAUCAUCGUCGUCUUUGCGUCCUCCUCUCUCUCCCUCACUUUUGCUCCUCUCUCUCUCUUUCUCUCUCUGCUUUCUAUCUCUCUCUCUCUCUCUCUUACUUCUCUGUCAGUCUCUCUCACUCUCUUUCUCUCGCACACGCUUUCUAUCUAUCUCUCUCUAUCUCUCUCUUUCUCUGUUCCUCACUUAUUCGUUCACUUACUCUUUCUCACGCAUCCACACGUACGCGGGUACAUUAUAUAACAUACACGCGGUCUGUCCUCCCUUAAUCUGUGUGCCUGCUUGUUUUGUUGUCUAUCUCCGUCGGGUUUAGGUCUCGGUUCCAGUGAAUCAAAAAUAUGUUGUUGAUGAUAUAAAAGAAAUAUAUAUAUAUAUAUAUAUGUAUGUAUAAGAGCGAAGGGUGGUCCUAAUCGGUUCGUCUGGUGCUACGUUCAUAAUUUGUGUAUCAAUGCACGGGAAAUAUUUCAUCAAGACCGUAGAGUUACUUGACACACCAAUGCUGGAUACCAGUGAUUUAAAUUACACGUGAAGGAAAGAGUAAUAUACGAAUAUGCAUCAUCGGUGCGUGUAUUCAUUUCAGUUGAAAUUUUCACUUUAUUUAUCGACGAUUUCUCGUCUGAAUGCUGUAAUAGAAACAACAGGAUGAACAUGAAAAAAGAACGAAAUAUGGGGUGUGUUUUUUUUGGAACAGAUGAAUUUUGUCCGAGUCGCUGUACCGUUUACGUGUGAACAUAUGAGAAGAAGGAUUGCCAUAAACAUUCAAAAUGAUCACUUCAGCUGGGUAUUGUGGUGUGUCUGAGUACGUUUGCUUGCCCAUCCCAGGGCAUAUUUGCAUUGAUGAUGGCAAUGGCAGUCUGAAUACUGGUCGCACACCACCGACGCGAACAUUGAGGAGGGUAUGUAGUUGACGUAUCCCCUGGUUCCAUAACGCUUGGAAAUAAUCGUAAAUAAAAAAGAAAAAGGCGAGAAAAAUAGAGAUUCGUGAUUGCUUGUACGUGCGUACGUGUGUGCGUACGCGCGUAUCCAUUUUUGCUGUUUGCAUGCAAAGAGAAAGAGGAAGAGCCUGCACUGAGAUCGGAUUUCGAAGAAAAAUGUUCUGGCUGGACACGUGACAUGUGAAGCACGUAAAAGGAAGAAUAUUUCUAAAUACGUAUACACGAUAGGGAGACAAAAGUCGGCGAGGUAGAUAGAAAUCGACGAGAGAGAGAGAGAGGGGGGGUAGAAGAGGGAGAGAGAAGAGAAAAGAGCGGAAAAAAAAGGAGAUUAAAAGCAAGAGAGAACCUUCGAAAAAUUGCUUCCACGAAGACGAGAAAAAUGAAUAACAAGGGGCGUGUUCAAAGUAGAGCAGAGAAACACUAAAAAAGAAUUCUAAACGAUAGAAUAAGACAAUUUUAUAUCUAAAACGGACAAUUUUGACGAGUAAAGAUUAAAAAAAAAAAAAAAAAGGGGGCAAAUUUUGCAAAACGGAGGAGAAGUAACUUAUAAAAUAAGGAGUACACUUUUGAAUAUAUUCUAAACUAGAGAAAAGGGCAAAUUUGUACUUAAAAAUAGAAAAAAGUAGAGGAAAAAGAGACGAGGAAUUAAAAAAUUUAUUUACUAUUGACAAAAAAAAAAAAAAUAAUAAGAGAAAACUCGCAUUCAGAACGCACAAAGAAUUUUUCGGCAAUAGCGAAAUCUUUCAGACAUGAAUGUCACUGAAGAACCGGAUUAUUACGUGAACAAGAGUUACAACGUGACCAACGCGACCAACGGUCUCAAUUGCAGCGGUGAUCCAUACUCCUAUGCAAUAUGGGGACGUGUUAUGAUAGUGAUCGUCGCCGUUUUCCUUAGCCUGACCACCGUUGUCGGGAACAUUAUGGUGAUGAUCUCGUUCAAGAUCGACAAACAAUUACAAACGAUAUCAAAUUAUUUCUUGUUCAGCCUGGCAGGUGCUGAUUUUGCAGUCGGUCUAAUCUCCAUGCCUCUUUUCACAUUGUACACCGUGCUUGGAUAUUGGCCAUUGGGACCGUUUAUAUGCGACACGUGGCUGGCAUUAGAUUAUCUAGCCAGCAACGCGUCGGUCUUAAAUCUUCUUCUAAUCAGCUUCGACAGAUACUUCUCUGUGACGAGGCCUCUCACUUACCGUGCCAGAAGGACAACUCGUAAAGCGGGCAUUAUGAUCGCAUUAGCUUGGGCAAUUUCAAUGGCCUUAUGGCCGCCAUGGAUUUACGCUUGGCCAUAUAUCGAAGGAAAGAGAACGGUAUCCAACAACGCCUGCUACAUUCAAUUCAUCGAGACAAAUCAUCUCAUCACAUGUAUUACCGCAAUCGCCGCAUUUUACGUGCCUGUUACUGUGAUGAUCAGUCUUUACUGGCGGAUAUGGAAGGAGACCGAAAAGCGCCAGAAGGAUCUUCCGUAUUUGCAAGCUGGAAAACCGGAUGCUAGUAAACGGAGUAACUCUAGCGACGAAGCGUUGGAUAUGGACGACUGUAGGAGGCCUAGGAGCGAAUCAAGCACAGGAGCCGAAGACAUCAAUUCCACGCAACUGGCUGUCUCUUAUCUUGAGAAACAUUAUCCUCAAUAUAAAACAAAGUAUAGACCUCUAUCGUGGAUGUGGCUCAAGAUGUGGUGUAUCGCGUGGUGGCACAGCGGUCGCGACGACGAUGACGACGACGACGACAUCGAAGGCGCCGAGAGCAGUCGCACGGGUCACGGUUACGACGAGGCCACGACACCGUUAUCAGCCGAGACACCUCUAACUGGUACGGUCUCUCGAUCCGCCUCCCUAAGCGGGAUUCAUCCUACGGCUCUAACGGUUGGGAAAUCUGUGUGCAUCGCUGACAUUCAUGACUACAAGAAAUCGGGGCAGGCCGGUGAACUGUCGACGAAAAGCAUCUCCAGUGACUCGGUUUACACGAUUCUAAUCCGGCUGCCCACAAGGGACGCCAGCGGUAUGGGGAAGUACACGGAGGGCCCAAGCAUAAAGAUGUAUCACGACGAAGCAGUCACCUUUAAACUUCGCAGUAUGAUAGAGGACGUGGAAGAGGAGAACGGGAAGAUAUUUCGUCUGGGCAGCACGAUAUCGAGCCCGUCGACUGUGAUCCGACGACCGUCACGCAUGCCCGACAUAAGGAUCCCCUUAAACACGAAGAACAUUCCGAAAGCAACCAAGGUACCUGCGAACAAGGGCGCAAAUAAAAAGAAGAAGAAAAUUCAAGAGAAAAAGGCAGACCGUAAGGCGGCAAAGACAUUGUCGGCUAUCUUGUUGGCGUUCAUCGUCACUUGGACGCCCUACAAUAUUCUCGUUUUAAUAAAAUCCCUCACAGCCUGCUCGUGGUACAUACCGCAGCCUGUAUGGGACUUUUCCUAUUACCUUUGUUAUAUUAAUAGUACAGUGAACCCAGUGUGUUACGCCCUAUGCAACGCGGCAUUCCGAAGAACCUACGUGAGGAUUCUCAAGUGCAAGUGGCAUAAUAGAAACAGGACCGCUGUUGACAGAGGAUGAUAUCAGUAGAAAUGCUUCGCGUGCAACGUGUUUGCUCGCCGAAGCAAAAAACCUUUUUAUUUAUUUAUCGUUCUAUCUUUUCUCCUUUUAUAAACAUUCCACCAAACUUGCUUGCCAACAAUAAGGAAACUGAGUUGCUUCAAUAACGUUCACUAAAUCAUUUUUUACCAAUGCUCGAGGUUAGUUUGGUUGCGUAACUAAGGCGCGCGCCAAAGUGACGCAUCUGCGCAUGCGUACGCGCAUGUGCGCCGGACUCGGACUUGUGGUUAGCGACAGAGUUGUAAGUUUCCAAGUUGCAAUUCAAUUAUAUUUGAAUUUCGAAUUACUUUGAUAAUUAUUCGAAGUGAGGAAAUGGAGAAAUAUAGUUCUAAUAAUCGUCCAAGUAAUUCGCAACUCAAAUAUAACUGAAUUGUUUGGAAAUUUGUGAUAAAACAUACCCAUCGUUAAUUCAGUGUUCACGCGCAUACUGUGUGCGCAUGGACGCCAUCUUUGCGUGAGACCAGCCUUACGAAGGGAACAUUUGGGAGUGCGCCUUUUUAAUUUUGUUUAUUAAUCUUCCUUUUCAUGAGCUUCUUCUUUGUAUUCGUUUUUCUUUGGGAAAAAGACAAUUUCUUUGAAUAGAUAAAUUCUUUUAACAGAUUUGCAAGUCAACUUUCACGGAAUUACUGUUAAGAAGAUAUCGCGUGAAACAUAUUCCUUUCAUAUAUGUAUAUGAAUAUUCGAAGUAAAAAUAGCUCGCAAUGCAACGUUUAUAUACAAAUCAAAAUAUGUACAAUUUAAGUAAAUGAAACGUAUGUCGGUCGAAAGUUUCGUUUCAUAUUUUAGAACUAGAUUGGGGAAAAACAGGGUGUACAAUUCAAUUUGAUAAAUUUAGAAGAAAAAGACGCAUUUUCUACACGAUCUUUGCACCGAUGUCGAUGAUCAUCUUCUUUUCAUUCCAUACUUAAAUAGGAUUUAAAUACUGGCUGGUCCAUGCAAUUGGAAUAAGUCAUAAUUCUUGUCUAAUUCAUUUUUAUUAUCUAUCUUAAUUUUCAAGAUUUAUUAAAUAUUUCUUUUUAAUUGCAAUCAAGAAAGAUUUAAUACGACUUUUUCCAAUUAUUUGAAACACGCUGUAUAUCCUUGUACAUUAGAUCAUCCUUCUGCCAUUUCAUUUUUAAAUUAAAUUUCACUGAUUAUAUUGAAACAACCACGGAAGAAAUAUUAUUAUUUGAGGGGAAAUGAAAUAAAGGAACAAAUGUUUGCCAUUACGACAGCUCGGAUUUCCAUAUUUGAGGCAAUGCAACAUGAAUACUGCCAUGAAAAAUAAUCUUUAUAAAUAUAUUUCUGAACCGUACAAAAGAAGAAAAAAUGGAGAGACACGAAGAAGAGAGAAACGAACGGGCACGUUCUUCGACAGUACCAAAUUCGUGGCUCGAUUUUAGCGGCCAUCUUGCGACGAAUGCUUGGUGUCGACAUCUUUUUUUUUUUAUAGUUCACGGAACAAAGUCAGUUUUCGUACACGUGUCAGUAAAAAAAAAAAGUAUUUUUAAGUCUCAGAAAAUUUUAUAGCAAUUAAAAUGAAAAAUUUGAUUUUAGAUUGAUUAAUGAAAAUUGUAGAAGCAAGUAUCGUUGAAAAUUUUGUAAAGGAACAGGGUCAUUUUGACCCAGCAUAUAAUUUCAUUUUACACAAUUUCUUUAAACAUUACAUUCCCAAUACAUAAAAAUCUUUUCUUUUGAAAAUUUCAGUGCCCAAUACUUCUCGUUAUCCCAUUGUACAAGUUUCAUAAAUCUGGGUCAAAUUGACCCACCAUCGCCAUUCCGAGGGUUAAAGUAACGUGUAAUAAACUGACUCAGUUUCGCAGACUUCCUACAAAGCUACACCGCACAAAGAAACGAAAUCGAUUCGAAUUCUAAGGAAAAUAAAUAAAUAAUGAAAUGAAAAUGUUAAUAAAAAGACAGGCAUUUCUCGUGCGUUUUAUUCGAGGAACAACGCACUCGAUGUACAUUUUAAAUAGUAGUCCAAGUUGUAACUGAGUGUUUUAAGUGUAAUUUAGUCAUGAAGAACCAAAAGAUUUGAGAAAAAAAAAAAAAAAAAAGAAAU